UGUUGCAGGCAUGCUGGUAGGUGAAGACCAGUUGUUCGACAUCGGGUGACCUGAAGACGCUGCUUACAGACAGGCGCGCUCUCUGUUUGUACCCGCCAUCUCCGCGAUGGGGCAACACGUGGAACAAGACCCAGGCUGGGUGUAGUGCCCACCCCACCCAUCUUCCCCACCCGGCGGCACGCUCCGGAAGUGGCUCCGGUUUGGUGGGCCGGAGGCGGGUCCUCGGACUACGGUGGCCGAGCGAGGCCGAGCGGCUCCCGGGCUGCCCCGACCGAGGCGCUGCUGUGGAGGCUGAUGCCAGGGCUGGAGCAUUUCCUGGUGGGUGGCUCCUGCAUUUGUGCAGUUCUCCAGUCCUGAUUGGUGAGGGUUGGCUAGCGGAGUCGAGAAGGCAAAUGAAGAACUGGUGGAAACAGCCUGAAUCAGAUACAGUUUAAAGAAACUUGCUUACAUGGAUAUCUCUGAAUUACCUGCUUUCCUCUGGCAACCAGUGUCUGUCUUGUCCUUCUGGAUAGAGUCCCCAUGCUCCAAAGCUGCUUUGGCGUGGUACCUACGCCGCCAUCUUAACCGGAAGUCUUUUAAACAUUUUUGUGAAGAAGGGUGCUGUGAUUUUGAUUGGCAGUGCAUUAAAUCAAUAGACUACUUUUGUUAGUACAGAAGAUUAAAUUCUGCAGAAGAGAGCAGUUGAGUGAUGGAGUUUUCUUUAGAAUAUGGAGGCCACGGGAACAGAUGAAGUUGACAAGCUAAAAACUAAAUUUAUAUCUGCUUGGAACAAUAUGAAAUAUAGUUGGGUGUUGAAAACAAAGACAUAUUUUAGUAGAAAUUCACCUGUCUUAUUGCUUGGAAAAUGUUACCACUUUAAGUAUGAAGAUGAACACAAAACCUUUCCUGCAGGAUCAGAAUGCACAAUAGAAGAUCAUGUGAUUGCAGGAAAUGUGGAAGAAUUUCGCAAGGAUUUCAUUUCUAGAAUAUGGCUGACCUAUAGGGAAGAAUUUCCUCAAAUAGAAGGCUCAGCUUUGACAACAGACUGUGGCUGGGGCUGUACGUUGAGGACUGGUCAAAUGCUGUUGGCUCAAGGACUCGUACUACACUUUCUUGGUAGAGCCUGGACCUGGUCUGAUGCAUUGAAUGUUGAAAAUUCAGACUCUGAAUCAUGGACUUCCCACACUGUAAAAAAAUUCACGGCAUCAUUUGAAGCAUCGCUUUCAGGGGAAAGAGAACUCAAAACUUCAGCAAUUUCUCUGAAGGAAACAGUUGGGAAAUAUUCUGAUGAUAAUGAAAUGCGAAGUGAAACUUAUCACAGGAAAAUCAUCUCUUGGUUUGGUGACUCCCCUUUGGCUCUCUUUGGCUUGCAUCAGUUAAUAGAACAUGGAAAGAAGUCUGGGAAGAAGGCUGGGGAUUGGUAUGGACCAGCUGUGGUUGCUCACAUUUUAAGAAAAGCAGUUGAAGAAGCAAGACACCCUGAUUUACAAGGAAUAACUAUUUAUGUUGCACAAGAUUGUACAGUUUAUAAUUCUGAUGUAAUUGAUAAGCAGAGUGAUUCCAGGACUGCUGGUGAUGCAAGUGACAAGGCUGUUAUUAUUUUAGUUCCUGUUAGACUUGGUGGAGAAAGAACCAACACUGACUACCUGGAGUUUGUGAAGGGUGUUUUAAGCCUUGAAUAUUGUGUGGGUAUAAUUGGUGGGAAACCGAAACAGUCAUAUUACUUCGCUGGAUUUCAAGAUGACAGUUUGAUUUACAUGGAUCCUCAUUACUGCCAAUCUUUUGUAGAUGUCAGCAGAAAGGAUUUUCCUCUUGAGACAUUCCACUGCUCUUCUCCCAAAAAGAUGCCAUUUCGAAAAAUGGAUCCUAGCUGUACACUAGGAUUUUAUUGUCGAAAUGUUCAGGACUUCGAACGAGCUUCUGAAGAAAUCACAAAGGUGUUGAGAGUUUCUUCUAAGGAGAAAUAUCCCUUGUUUACUUUUGUGAAUGGCCGUUCCAGAGACUAUGAUUUUCCUUGUGCUGCAGACAGUGGGGAGGAGCUAGAUCGGCUCCCAGAGGGUGAGAAGCAAAGAGUCAAAAGGUUCAGCACAGAGGAAUUUGUCCUGCUGUGAAGAAGAAUACACUGCUUACUGAGAAGAGCUUGUUUAGGUGGAAAAUGAGUAACAAGUAUACUCAGAACUGUUUAUUAUCACAGAUUCUUUAUUUUACAUGUCUUUACAAAAAAACAUUUGAAAAUAUACAACUCUAAAGAUAUUUUUCUGAAAGAGCAAUGAUUUGAUGACUCUUGCUUUUUAAUAAUAAGUAACAAAAGAUUUUGGUUGCAUUCCUAUUUAUGAAAGAUCGGCUGAUUGAACACUACCUGUCAGCUUCUCAUCUUCAAAGCCUCCUACCUGAGCCCAUUGUUGCCCCAGAAGUUUUGUGAUAUAGAGUGUUAGGUCACCAAAUUAAUGAAAGAAGAUCAGAGGGGGAAUCUUCCAGCUACCUAGCCUCCUGUUGUGCAUAUGACUAAUGAAUGCUUUUGGUUUAAAUAUCUUGAUAAUUAAAUGUGCAUACAAUUGAUUUUAAGCUUAGGUAAUACUUAGAAAUAGGAUAUUGUAAUGGCUACUUGUUGGGCUUGCUGUUGAUCCUUUUUAUGAAGAAUGAAUUAGAGUAUUGUGGGUUUCUUUUUAUGUGUGGGACUGAACCCAGAACCUUGGCCAUUUUAGGCAAAUGCUCUACCAUGAGCUGUGUUGACAGCUCUAAAAUAUUGUUUUUUUCCCCAGAGAUUUAAAGGCUAGGUUAAUAGUAUCUGGAUUAAUUCAAAUCAGGUAAAGGAAGUUACAAAAUAGCAGUAGCAUUUGUUUUCUAUCUCAAAAGUGAAUUUUUAUGGGAAUUCAACUUAUUGUACAGCUUAUAAAUCUAAAGAUGAAUUACCAGGAAGGACAUCAGUACAUGCUUCUCUAAUUUUACUAUUUGUAUAAAUAGUAAAAAAGCAGUAUAGUGGUGUUUAGGAGCUAAGACUGUUUACAAUGUAAAUAUGCCUUACGUGUGUUAUGUGUUACUUUAAGGCAAAUUUGUGAUAUAAAAACACAAGAGUUAUGAUUGAGCCAAGAUUAUAAAACAGAUACUUUAAUAAAGAUAUGAGACCAUAAAA